GCGAUAUCAACUGAGAGUUUCUCAUCCUUGGUCUAGAAGGGCACAGAGAGCCCGGCGACAGAGGCAUUUCGGGCUGGGAUCUUGACAUUCACCCCGUUAAAAUAUGUUGUCGAGACUAGUGCUUGUUUCAGGCCAGGCCCUGAAAAACAGCGGCUCUUUCGGUGCUUGCCUUGUACAGGCCCCCCGUUCCUUUCACCAGUCCUCCCAAAGCCUGGCACCAGUACCUCCUCUGCCUGAGAAAGGAGGCAAGGUCCGUCAUGGCAUCUUCCCUGAAGAACUUUUCACAUUGCUGUACCCAAAGACUGGUGUCACAGGUCCAUACAUGCUGGGUACCGGUCUGCUCCUGUACGUCCUCUCCAAGGAAAUCUACGUAAUCAAUCACGAGACCUUUGCCGCUGCAUGCAUUGGUGCAGUCAUCGUUUACGGAGUUAAGAAGUUUGGACCAGAUGUUGCCGCCUUUGCAGACAAAAUCAAUGAGGAGAAAGUGAUAAAAGCCCAGGAAGUGAAGGAUCUGGCCAUGACCAACCUGUCUCAGGCCAUUGAGGAUGAGAAGAAGGAGCAAUGGCGAGUAGAAGGAAGACAGAUGCUCUUCGAUGCCAAGCGGAAUAACGUGGCUAUGUUGCUGGAGACCAACUACAGGGAGCGUCUGCACAUGGUAACCAAUGAGGUGAAGAAGAGGUUGGACUUUCAGGUGGAGCUUCAGAAGCUGCACCGCCGCAUGGAGCAGGAGCACUUGGUCAACUGGGUCGAACAGAAUGUCGUUAAAAGCAUCACCCCACAGCAGGAGAAGGAAAGCAUUGCCAAGUGCAUCUCUGAUUUAAAGGUUCUGGCCAAGGCUACUCAGGCUCGAGCCACAGUAUAGGUCUCUACUAAUGUCCGUACUGAAGCCUCCUGUGUUCAUUAAAUUAAACCCCUGUCUGACAGUCUGGCAGUGGCGUCAAAAGUGUACAUACCCGUAAAAAAUAAAAGAUUUGGUUAUUCACUUA